AUGUCGUCGAAUCCUGACGAACCUAGGAGUCAUGCUUGGACAGGCUGUUUACUGAACAAUGAAUCUGAGGUUCAGCAGUCCUGGGAUGAAAACGAUGUUUUUGAGGCUGAUGCUGGAAGUGAGCCUCCAGGUCCCGGAGAAAAAUUCUUCUGGAACUUUCCAUACCCUUACAUGAAUGGCUUGUUGCAUCUCGGCUUUGCCUUCUCGUUGUCCAAGCUUGAGUUCGGUGUUGCAUACCACAGGCUCUGUGGCUCCAAUGCAAUUUUGUCCUUUGCUUUCCACUGCACUGGAAUGCCCAUCAAGGCCUCAGCUGAUAAGCUUGCCAGGGAGAUCCAACAAUUUGGAAAUCCCCCGGUAGUGGCGCAAAACGGCAGGAGGGUUCUAGUGCUGCAGUGGCAGAUGCUGUCCAGGCUGAUGCUAUUGUGCCAGAUAAAUUUAAGAGCAAGAAGUCCAAUUGCUCCAAAGGCUGGCGCACAUAAGUAUCAGUGGGAGCAAGGGCUGCUCUUAAUCUUGCAUACCAACCAGGUUGUUGUUCCAAGUGAUUCACCUAAUGAUUUCAUGGCACUUCAAGAUUUAAUCACAAAGCCAGCUCCAAAAAGUGACAUCCCUCCAGCUCUGUUGAGCAAAAUGAAGCAAGAAUUUCAGUAUUGGUAUCCAUUUGAUAUUCAGCACUUCAAGAUUUGCCCUCGCUGUGAUGGUAUGGAUGAUGCAAACUUUGUCACUGAAACUGCAAAUUCUGCUGUUAUGAGGCUGACAAAAGAAAUUUCAUGGAUGGAAGAGGUUACAGCUGCUGAAUCUGAAUUGAGAACUGGACCGCCCACUACAUAUGCUGACCAUGUGUUUGCAAACGAGAUGGGCAUUGCAAUCAAAGAAACUGAGAAGAGCUACAAUGCUUUCAUGUUCAGAGACGCCCUGAAAUCUGGGUUUUAUGACCAAUUGGCUAGAGAUUACAGGCUCUCGUGUGUGGCGAAAGCAGGCAUGAACCUUGAUCUGCUGUGGCAGUUUAUGGAUGUCCAGACUCCAGACCAGGCUCAUCACCCCAUUUGCCCACACUAA